GAUUAUGACUAUAUGACUAUCUUCUAGCUGCCGUUAUGUCUUCUCCCUAAGAUUCCAAAAAGCAGUUGGGAACACCUGCGAGCCAGGACUUCACCUCACUCCUUCAGACGACUACGACUACGACUACGACUACAACUACAACCACAACUACGACUACAGAAUACUACAUUACUACGGAGUACACUCCCUUUAUCUCUCUGCCUGUGGUCCCUUUGUCGCGUCUUUUGUCUCCUCUCCUUAGUGUUUCCUUGCUUGUAUUAUUAUUUUGCCCGAGAAUCACAGCCGAUUUGAUUUGUCUCUUUGCCCUUCCUGUCUGUCUAUCUAUCACUUUUCCUUCCCUUUCGCCCCUCGCAAACCAGUUGUUUUUUUGAUCAGUAAGAAAUUUCCGCCAUCGCCUCGGAAUGAAGGCCAUCCGGCGCUCUCUCAAGGGGGAGAAAGACCACGCCUCCAGACCCCACCAUAUCUCGGUCACUCCCAAGUCGGCCAUUGCCAUUCUCCCGCCGAAAAAAGUAAGUUUCUUUUCUUUGCUCAUCUCGCGUUCCAUCUCCUUCAUUGGUAUUUAUUAUCAUUAUCCCCUCGUGCCCACCUUCGUUUCGUUACUGCAUCCCCUUUGUCGACCCCCCUCUCUCCUGGAUCCACUAUCCUGGCGUCCCCUGUCUAGCCAACUACUAACCCCUGUCCGAACCACCCCUCGUAGGUCAUCAAAGCCCUCUACGACUACCAACCCGAUCCCGGAGACUUGCACGAGCUCGCCUUCAGCAAGGGCGACUUCUUCCACGUGGUCGCUAGGGAAAACGAUUCGGAUUGGUACGAAGCCUGCAACCCGCUCAUUCCCAGCUGCAGGGGCCUGGUACCUGUGUCCUUCUUCGAGGUCCUCGGCAAGCACGAACGUGGCAGCAGCGGCGGCUCCAUCGAAUUAGGCCACAUCAAAAAGGCCUCCCACGACUCGGGCUUUUCCGACUCCGCAACCAACACUACAAAGCACGCCGCGCAGGCCAGGAUGUCGUCGCUCGGCAAAUCCUCCGGCGCCAUGGUGUACGGCGUCGUCCAGUACGAUUUCAAGGCGGAACGCGCUGAUGAAUUGGAAGCGAAAGCCGGCGAGGCCAUCAUCGUUAUCGCCCAGUCCAACCCGGAAUGGUUCGUCGCAAAGCCCAUCGGUCGCCUCGGUGGCCCCGGCCUCAUUCCCGUGUCGUUCAUCGAGCUCAAGGACAUGCAGACCGGCCAGCCCGUGACGGACCCCCUAGAGGCGGUGCGCCGCGCCGGUGUGCCAAAGGUCGAGGAAUGGAAGAAGAUGACCGCCGAGUACAAGAACAGCAGUAUCAGUUUGGGGAAGAUCGACUCUUCCGCCAGCAGCGGCGUUCAGUCCAUCACGUCCGGCGUCGACAAGAUGUCUGUGCACAGUCGCCAGAGCACAAAUACUCUGUCCGGUGUGAAUGGCUACCACCAGCGUAAUGCCAGCAAGGCAACCGUCACACACUCCAUGCCUCCGCCGUCGCGGAGUGACGCCCAGUACCUUCCGGCGCCCGUUCAGGCCUACAUCCCCCGCUACUGUUUCGACAAUGACAAGUACUGGUAUCUCGUCGAGGCAAAGAUGGAGGAUGGCCGCUGCUGGGAGCUGGCCAGAUACUAUCACGACUUUUAUGAUUUCCAGAUCGCCCUCUUGACCCAAUUCGAGGAGGAAGCCGGCAACAGAGGCAAACCGCGCACCUUGCCCUUUAUGCCCGGGCCCGUGACGCAUGUCACCGACUCCAUCGCCAAUGGCCGGCGAGUGACCUUGGACGAGUACAUCAAGAAGAUCUUGGCCAUGCCUCCUCACAUCUCGCGCUGUCAGUUGGUCCGUGCGCUCUUUGCGCCGCGCCCAGGAGACUUUGAAAUCGACCCGGACAUGUUUGGAGAAGAUGCCCGGUACUCCGCAGGCUCCCAUCACUCUUCCAGCAGUGCUUCUCGCCAGUCAUCGCAGGUGUAUACGAAUGGCCCGGCUGAUCACCAGUCACAUCAGCGAAUGCCACAGUCUGUAUCCCUCACAAAUGGAGGAGUACCUUCGCGGGCCGAUCUGCAGAUGCAGAUGAUGAACCGGCAGCCCAGCUCUCUCACUUCGCUCACCCAGGUGUCUACGACGUCGAGCACCGGGGCGAUGAAGGUCAAGGUGUUUUUCCAGGAUGAUUUGAUCGCCAUCCGCGUUCCAAAUGAUAUCAGCUUCCAGCAACUGCAGGACAAGCUUGUGGACCGACUAAAGAUCAACGAGGACCUCAUCGUGCAGUAUAAGGACGAACACUCUGGCACAUACCUCGACCUUCGCGAUGACCGGGACCUUGACACUGCGGUCCAACGAAAUUCCAAGUUGACUCUACAUGUCAGCUUAGCCUGACAUGGUGCUCAUUACUCUUGAUAUGACACUGAUCUAGCAGGUUUCUUUCUUUCUUCUUUUUUGGUAUUUUAUAUGAUCUUGAUGAAUCUAGUGCGCUGGCGUUACAUGGAUAAUGAUUUUUGGGGGGGCAUCCAAUGCCGGUGGUCCCUUUGAAUGGUUCAUGGAUUGAUGGAUGCUAAGAUCAGAUGUUUUAUGCGAUCAUGCUUUGCUCUUGUGUCUUUUCCUUGCCUUGUUUCAGUAUUGCUGUGAAAAGUUGGUUCUUCUUGUCUUCAUACCCUGAUUGGCGUGUUCUUACAAAAUGUACAUAUGUUUUUCUUCUCUGUGCAUAUACUGUACUUGAUUCCAGUAAGCCUUUUGCUUGUAGUUGGAUUGUUCCUGGAUUCGGCCCGGGCUGUACCUUAGUCAUCCCUCGGGGCCAGAUCUGGGUUCCGAUGAGGCGCCGAAAAGAUCCUCG